AUGGCCCGCGCUCGCAGCUCCAUCCUCCUUGUUGCGGCUGGCUGCGCCAUGCUGCUUGCCUCGCAGGCCUUCGUCCCCUCCCCAGCCCCCAGGGCUGCGCCGAUGGAGGUCGAUGCUCGCGUGCUGGGUGCCACCUUUGCCGGGCUGGCGCCGCUUGCCGUCGAGCAGCCUGCGAAUGCCUACGACAGCGUGGUGGCCAUGCUGCAAAGCUGGUUGGUGGGUGGCAUUUCGCUUGUCCUGAUCUACGGAGCUGCUCUGGUGGCUGCUGUUGCGAAUCCGCUGACCAAGAGGCGCUUGGAGGUCCGUGACCAG